CAUUUAAUUGAUGCCUGCGUCGAUUCGAAUCUGAACCACUCCGGUGAAAUUAAAGUCCCGCUCUCACCGUGCUACCAUCUUGGUGGUAUAAACGCCCGUCUUCUUCUUUCCAACUUGUCAUCAAUGUAAGCCCCAGCCUCCCCCCUCUUUCCCUGCUACCUGCAGAGACCUGAAGGUAAAAGAAAAAAAAAUCUUGAUCGAUCUCUUUGUCGAUCUCUCGGUCUCCUUCGGUCGUUGCCGGUUUGCCGAUCCCUGGAGGGCAUGAGUUGGUUUGAUAAGCUACCUCGCUCGUCGAAUGCGAGCCGAUUCAUGGACGGCCUGAUGAUCUUUAUCCUCCAUCAUUCGAUUCCUAUACGUUCGUACCUUUCCUUAGAUCCUAUACAAUCUUAAGCGGCGUUCGAGGGAUUCGAACCUCCGUCUUUGAUCGCCGGCAUGGAGCCCCAGACCCGCUCGGACCGCGACAAUUUUGCCAUCAGCGGUAUUUUUCUCUCACACUUUGAGAGGCAACAACCUCCCUCCCCUUCAGUCAUUGUGAUUGGUGGAGGCAUUUCAGGGAUCGCAGCUGCGCGUGUAUUGUCUAAUGCUUCAUUUAAGGUCAUUCUAUUAGAGUCUCGUAAUCGGCUUGGGGGUCGAGUGCAUACUGACUAUUCUUUUGGCUGUCCUAUUGAUAUGGGGGCAUCAUGGCUACAUGGUGUUUGCAAUGAAAAUCCUUUGGCACCAUUUAUUCGUGGUCUAGGCCUAAGAUUAUACCGCACUAGUGGCGACCACUCUGUGUUGUAUGACCAUGAUCUAGAGAGCUAUGCACUUUUUGAUAUGGCUGGUCGCCAAGUACCUCAACAGCUAGUCAUUAAAGUUGGAGAAAUAUUUGAGAAAAUUCUCAAAGAGACAGAGAAAGUAAGGGAUGAACAUGCUGAAGACAUGUCCCUGCUCCAAGCUAUUUCUAUUGUUUUGGACAGAAAUCCACAGCUAAGGCAAGAAGUGUUGGCAUAUGAAGUGUUGCAAUGGUAUAUAUGCAGAAUGGAGGCGUGGUUUGCUGCAGAUGUGGAUACCAUAUCUUUGAAAAGCUGGGAUCAGGAGCAUGUUCUUUCUGGUGGCCAUGGACUUAUGGUGCAGGGAUAUUAUCCUGUUAUCAAAGCUCUUGCCAAAGAUCUUGAUAUCCGUCUGAACCACAGGGUCACAAAAAUUAUCCAACACUGCAAUAAAGUAAUGAUCACUGUGGAGGAUGGCACAAAUUUUGUAGCGGAUGCUGCUAUCAUCACUGUUCCUCUUGGGGUUCUUAAAGCAAAUAUGAUUGAAUUUGAUCCUAAGCUACCAGAGUGGAAAGUCUCAGCUAUCUCCGAUCUUGGUGUUGGGAAUGAAAACAAGAUAGCUCUUCACUUUAGUACUGCUUUUUGGCCUAAUGUAGAAGUUUUAGGAAUGGUUGCUCCAACAUCUUAUGCAUGUGGCUAUUUUCUCAAUCUCCACAAAGCAACAGGACAUCCUGUUCUUGUGUACAUGGCUGCUGGAAGGUUUGCUUAUGACAUUGAGAAACUAUCUGAUGAAGAAGCUGUUAACUUUGUGAUGUUACAGCUCAAGAAAAUGCUUCCAGAUGCCACACAACCGGUUCAGUAUUUGGUUUCUCGAUGGGGUACAGAUCCAGAUUCCCUUGGGUCCUAUUCUUGUGAUCUGGUUGGGAAGCCAGCUGAUUUGUAUGAGAGAUUUCGUGCUCCUGUGGAUAAUUUAUAUUUUGCUGGGGAAGCAGCAAGUGUUGAUCAUUCUGGGUCUGUUCAUGGAGCUUAUACAUCAGGUAUCGUGGCUGCUGAAGACUGCCGAAGGCGUCUAUUAUUGCAGCAUGGUAUCUCAGAUCGCUUCCAGAUUAUAUUAAGGGAGAAAAUGUCCGAAAUGAUACCCUUCCAAAUAUCUAGGAUGUAGUUUAUUUCUUGCUGGAUCAAUAACGAAACCAUGGAUUAUAUGGAAAUAAAUGGAAGUAGAUUUUUUUUUUUUAUCAUAUUUCAAA